CGUGGCGGGAGGAGCGGCGGGAGCGGGGCCGCUGCGCGCCGGGGGCCAUGGAGGUCCUGCCCGCAAGCGACCCAGAGGCAGGCAAGGAGCAGCCCGAGGCAAAGCCCGACGACGCGGGGCCCGGAGCGCCCCGGGUUCCAUGCCUGCAGGGGGCGUCCCCCGGGGAGCGAGCACCCGGCUCCUGGGACCCCUGGGAGGGCGAGGAGGAGCCGGAGCCGGGCGAGCCGCCGGGUAGCCGCACGGCGUCCCUGGUGAGCGGGCUGCUCACCGAACUGUACAGCUGCACCGAGGAGGAGGAGGCGGUCGGCGGGGGCCGCGGGCCUGGGGGCCGCGAGCGGCGUUGCGACAGCUUCGACAGCUCCGCAGAGGCCUCCGGCUCCGACGUGUUCCUGGGCGGCCGCGGCGGCGCUGGCGACUCCCGCGUGCUGCAGGAGCUGCAGGAGCUGCAGAAGCGGCCGAGCCAGCGGCACCAGAUGCAGUACCUGCGGCAGAAAGACACCAAUGAACUGAAGACAAUUCUUGGAGAGCUCAAGUACAGGAUUGGCAUUCAGUCGGCCAGGUUACUUCGGCAGCUGAAGCAGAAAGAUAGGCUUCUGCAUAAAGUGCAGAGGAACUGCGACCUGGUGACGGCGUGCCUGCAGGCCGUGUCUCAGAAGAGAAGAGUUGACACAAAGCUGAAGUUCACUCUUGAGCCAUCUUUAGGUCAAAAUGGUUUUCAGCAGUGGUAUGAUGCUCUCAAGGCAGUUGCCAGACUAUCAACAGGAAUACCAAAGGAAUGGAGGAGAAAGGUUUGGUUGACCUUGGCCGAUCAUUAUUUGCACAGUAUAGCCAUUGACUGGGACAAAACCAUGCGCUUCACUUUCAACGAAAGGAGUAAUCCUGAUGAUGACUCAAUGGGAAUCCAGAUAGUCAAGGAUCUUCACCGCACGGGCUGCAGUUCUUACUGCGGCCAGGAGGCUGAGCAGGACAGGGUUGUGCUGAAGCGGGUCCUGCUGGCCUACGCCCGAUGGAACAAGAAUGUUGGGUACUGCCAAGGCUUUAACAUCCUGGCUGCUCUAAUUCUGGAAGUGGUGGAAGGCAACGAAGGGGACGCUCUGAAAAUUAUGAUUUACCUUAUCGAUAAGGUACUUCCUGAAAGCUAUUUUGCCAACAGUCUCCGGGCGCUGUCUGUGGAUAUGGCUGUCUUCCGAGACCUGUUGAGACUGAAGCUCCCUGAAUUGUCUCAGCACCUGGAUACUCUUCAGAAAACGGCAAACAAGGAGAGUGGAGGAGGAUAUGAGCCCCCGCUUACGAAUGUAUUCACGAUGCAGUGGUUCCUGACUCUCUUCGCUACGUGCCUCCCUAACCAUACAGUUUUAAAGAUUUGGGAUUCAGUCUUCUUUGAAGGUUCGGAAAUCAUCCUCAGGGUGUCACUGGCUAUCUGGGCAAAACUGGGAGAGCAGAUAGAAUGUUGUGAAACAGCAGAUGAAUUCUAUAGCACCAUGGGCCGCAUGACCCAGGAGAUGCUGGAGAAUGACCUUCUGGAAAGCCAUGAACUCAUGCAGACUGUUUAUUCUAUGGCUCCAUUCCCUUUUCCACAAUUGGCAGAAUUGAGGGAAAAAUACACUUACAACAUUACACCAUUCCCAGCCACAGUCAAACCCACCUCAGUUUCUGGACGACACAGUAAGGUCAGAGACAGUGAUGAAGAGAAUGACCCAGAUGAUGAAGAUGCUAUUGCUAAUGUGGUGGGGUGUCUCGGACCUUUCAGUGGGCUCCUGGCACCUGAACUGCAGAAAUAUCAAAAGCAAGUUAAAGAACCAAAUGGGGACCAGAGUCUGAGGUCCAAUAACAUUGCGGAGCUGAGUCCAGGAGCAAUCAAUUCCUGCCGAAGUGAAUACCAUGCAGCUUUUAACAGUAUGAUGAUGGAACGCAUGACCACAGAUAUCAAUGCGCUGAAGCGGCAAUAUUCUCGGAUUAAAAAGAAGCAGCAGCAGCAGGGUCAUCAGGUGUAUAUCAGGGCAGACAAAGGGCCAGUGACCAGCAUUCUCCCAUCUCAGGUAAACAGCUCUCCAGUUAUAAACCACCUUCUUUUAGGAAAGAAGAUGAAAUUGUCCCACAGAGCUGCCAAGAAUGCUGUCAUCCACAUCCCGGGUCACACAGGAGGCAAAGUAUCUCCUGUCCCCUACGAAGACCUUAAGACGAAGCUCAAUUCUCCCUGGCGGACUCACAUCCGGGUCCACAAAAAGAAUGUGACAAGGACCAAGAGUCAGCUGGGCUGCGGGGACACCAUCGGGCUGAUCCAAGAGCAGAAUGAGGGCGGCAAGACUCACAACCUGGGCGCCGCGGAGGCCUUUUCCUCCGGUUGUGCCGCGACAGCUGGAAGGGAAGGCGGCAGCUCCGACGGGGGCCCGGGGAGGACCAUCGAAGGGCAAUCCCCGGAGCCGCUGUUCGGGGAUGCCGAUGCCGGUGUGUCCGCCGUCCAGGUGAAGUUAGAAGCCUUGGAAUUGAACCCGAUGGAGGAUGCUGCUGGCCCCGAGCCCAGCGUGCACAUCCCGGAGCCGCCCGAUGCACCUGGAGAAAACAAGGCCACCCGCAAGUCUCCCCAGGGCGGCCCCCCGAAAACCCCCAUCUUCAGCCCCUUCCCCAGCGUCAAGCCACUGCGGAAGUCCGCCACUGCCAGGAAUUUGGGAUUAUAUGGUCCUACGGAAAGAACCCCAACCGUGCACUUUCCUCACAUGAGCAGGAGCUUCAGCAAGCCCAGCGGCGGGAACAGUGGCACGAAGAAGCGGUGACGUCGCUCAGAAACCGCGCACCUGCCUUCACCAUUUCACGGUGGCAGGAGGGUUCCGGCGCAGUGGCUUCAGAAGAGCAUCACUUGUCCAGUGAACACGAAUAGAUUGGUUCAGAGAUGAGCAACAGUCUAUAAAGAUGGGAAUUGGAAGUUUUAUAAUGGGAGCUAGAAUGGGAACAUCUUCCCAUCCACCGAUCACUAAUACAGUGGGUUCUUGUGGUGAAAUAAAUUGUUGUGGUUUUAACGUGUGAAGUUUUUCCAACUUUUCAUUGUGAGCUGUUGAAAAAAGACUUUGUAUCUAGACUGUUAACCCCUUUUCCUUUCUCCUGUUCUGAGGGCCUGUGGGAUCCCCGUGACUACCCCCUCCCCAAAACCUUCCAGUUCUCUGGGUGUUUUCAAUACUCAAGCAUGCACACACCAGCUUGCUAGGUCAGAAACUGUAACAAGAAAGUAAGUUUCUUAGUUGCAAAAAAACUUCCCCAUUUCCCUCUUCAUGCCCUACUGAGGGGAAUGUUUGUAUGUGUGUGUGUUUCCUUCUGUAGUUUCCUUCAGCCAGUCUCAAAACUGGUUUUUAUCCUUCCACCAAGGUGCAGGAGAAAAAUCUAGACAGCCUUUCUUUCACCUUCUAUUUCCACCUGCAAAAUGAAGAAAACCUUUAUCUGUUGAAAUGAAAGUCGAUCACCAACUUGAAGAUCUUAUGCAGAGGACACAAAUGGGAUAGGCAUUAAGCAUGUGCUCUGAGCAGCUUGCUAAUUCCACUAAGCUUUCCCCAAGGUUGGUGUUCUCCUCUUAAGGAGAGUUUUGGUCCUCAGUGGUGGGGUGAUUAAUGGGCUCUACAUGGAGCUUGUCUGGCAUCCUGUGCCACACAGCUCAUUUACCUACCAGCUCUCCACUGCAGAUGCGGGAAGCCUCUGCUCAAAAGCCAGAACAUAGCACCUACAACUGUUACUUGAAUUUUGUGCUUUUUCUUGAUUGAGGUACUUUGUUGAGUACUUUGUUAUUGGAACACUGCCUUUCCCUGUAGAAGGCCCCAGUGCUUUCUGGCUCUCUCUCACCCAUUCCUCCCCCCGUCCCAGCGGGUCAGAGACACCACCUGUUAUCCCCACUAUGCAGAUGGGAGCUCUGAGCUGCGCAGAGGGGAAGUAGCACUUCAGAUACUCAAGGUCAAUAUUCCCGGUACUCAGUGUGACUCGGCCACACCCUCCGGUGCAAUCGGCGGAUUUCAUGCUCUUUAUACACAAAUGCAUUGGCUACGUAGGUUUUAGAAACCAAGACUGGGAAACCAUUCGCUGCACUCCCUCCUGACUCCAAGGACCUUUCUCCAGAUGGUACAGAGUCCUGUGAUGGUGUUUCAUAAAACCAGCUCUGACCUUACCUGAAAAGGUGGUUCAUUUUAAGAAUGCUUUACGUAGCUGCUAUUUGGCUGGACGAAAGGCUCACUCCUCAGUCCCCUCCUCCCACCAUCACUAGAAGAAUAGACUCAGCAUCUUUAUCCUCUUCUCAAAAACCUUGGCCAGGCUUGCAGGCAUUUUGUUGAUGUGGUCAAUAUUGAUUUCAGCUUAACUGGAUUGCUAAUUUGGAAACCAAAGCUUCAGUUUUAGGAAGGGUUUUUACUAUGAGAGGUACUAAUUUUUAUAUAAAUAUAACGUGUGAAGUUUAUAUAAGAAUGCUGUCGUGCGGGCUUUUUUGAACAGAGAACACAAGAAUGAUGUGCACAAGAAGAAGAGUUACCCCUUUUGUGGUGUUUUUACCCGCCAAAGAAUUGAAGAUGGAAAAUAUGACUAAUAAGUUAUUGCGGUUUUGAUCUUGAAUUCCAUGCCAUCCGAAGUUAGUAUGCAGCUUCUUAAAAAGCAGCCACGCCCACAGCCUGUGUCUUGAGGAGGGUGUGUAGGUGGAGAGUCGGGAUUAAUUUGCAUAUGCCCCUCCCCCCACGCUGGGCUGAGACCCACUGCCUUUUCCAAAGUUAAGCAAAUGACACAGUUUUCUUCUAUCUGCUAAACUUUACAGCUAAGAAUGAUUCCACCUUAUAUUCUUUUCUCCUCCCCUGCCUCAAGUGAGUCAGAAUAGUCAUGGUCUCCUUGAGGGAUGUCUGACUUGAAUAGAGAAUUGUACUUUCUUCUCUUGAGUCAGCUCCAAGUUCCCAGCUCCCAGAGGGUCUGGGUUCAGGGACACGGGUAAUGCGGUGUAGCCACUUACUACAGUUCUGAGGAUUGUGCAUCACUGUCUACCAACCGCCCUUAGGGUCAGGAGCACCUGCUGUACCAGUUUCCCGGUGUUGGUCUUCCUGAGAAAGGGAUGGGUGAGAUGGCACGUGGUUUGCAAGAAGUAUUUGCUGAAUGAAUGAAUAAAAUGACUGAAAGGAUAAUAGUCCUUUGAAGUAAAAAUGACCUUGCUGGGAUUUUACAAACCGACAGAUUCCUGUUAAAGCACUCUGUACCGUUAAAGUGCAUGCUUGUACUAUGUCAUCACCAUGUGAAUUAGUCACUUUAUGAACUUUGCCGACUUUAGGAAAUAAAGAACUCUGCUGUCACCUCUACCACACAGCAUGUACGAAGACCACUAUGGACUUUCACCUUCCUUUGUAUUGGACACUGUAUGCCAGCACCAGAAGUACUUACCAAGUAGUGGUUCCUUUAUUGUUUAGAAAUGUCUGUGCCCUGUCAGCACUUAGGUCGGGAGUCAACUCCAGAUGUCUCUGCACCUCAGUCCUCUUCGAAAAGCCUCCAGAUAAUCUAAACCUAGAUUGUAAUGUCAACCUAUAGGGCUGUAACUGGACUAUUGUAUUCCCUUUUUUGGUCUCUCUUGUUCUGAAGAACUGUAUUGAUUACAAAGAUAAAUGCAUAAAGAUUCUCAUGGUUGUA